AUGAAGUGUGAACUUGAGAUUUUGAAGAGAUUUGACUUGCUAAAUUGGAAGGUUGUUGUCACAGCAUCAGAAACAAAUCACAAAUUGGAUUCUGAUUCUGAAGGUGAUGAUGUAGAUGCCACAAAUUUCAAUCAGGUGGUUGGCUCUCUGGGGUAUUUGUGUAAUACCAUACCUGACAUUUGCUAUGCAAUUGGAAUUGUUAGUAGGUUCAUGAGUAAGCCAAAGUGGUAUCAUUACCAAGCUGCUGUCAGGAUUCUGAGGUAUAUAAAGGGGACUCUAAAGUAUGGAGUUAUGUUCCCUUAUGGAGAAAAGACUAAUCCAGAGCUGAUGUAUUACUCAGACUCUGAUUGGUGUGGAGACAGGGUUGACGAAAGAAAUACUUCUGGAUACUUGUUUAAGUUUCUGGAAGUCAUAUUUCUUGGUGUUCCAAGAAGCAACCAGUUGUUACUUUGCCAAACUAUGAAGCUGAAUAUAUUCCAGGUGUUGUGGUUGCAUGUCAAGUUGUUUGGCUUUUGA